GUGAUUGACCUACUGGACCCCGCCGCGGGGGACCACAUCGGGCGGGCGUGCGAGGCGCGGGGGAUGUUCCAGGUGGUCAACCACGGCGUCCCCUCGUCGCUGCUCGACGAGGUGGUGUCUGAGGCGACCCGCCUCUUCGCCCUCCCGGCCCCGGUCAAGAACCGGGCCCUGAGGACCCCGGAGGGGGCCACCGGGUACGGGGUCGCCCGGAUUUCGCCCUUUUUCGCCCAGCUUAUGUGGCAUGAGGGGUUUACCAUUAUGGGCUCACCCGCUUCUCAUGCUAGACUACUUUGGCCGGAUGACUACCAACACUUUUGUGGCGUCAUGGAGAAAUAUCAAGAGAAGGUCAAAGCCCUGGCUCACAACCUCUUUCAACUCCUCCUCAACUACAUCUCCCUUUCUUCUCCGGCGGCGGCGGCCGCCGUGGAAUUCGACGGCGCACUUCAGCUAAACUCAUACCCGCCGUGCCCAUCUCCGUCCCAGACAAUAGGCUUGGCCCCACACACGGACACUCUCUUCCUCACCAUCCUCCACCAGAGCAGCCCGGGGCUCCAGCUCUUCGACCCCGCCGGACUCCGGUGGAGCGCCGUGGACCAUGUCCCCGGCGCCCUGACCGUCAACGUCGGCGACCUCCUUCACGUCCUCUCCAACGGCAAGUUCCGGACGGCCCGUCAUCGCGUUGUUGUGAUGAGCGAUACCAAUCAGAGGGUUUCCAUGGCGUGUUUCUAUGGGCCGCCGGUUGAGUCCGUUGUGACUCCGGUUGUUUCUCCCGACGACGGAGCUCCGGCGGUGUACCGGUCGGUCGGGGUGAAAGAGUUCUUGAACUUGAAGGCUUUGCAUCUCGACGAGGCGCUUGAUUUUAUCAGACUUAAUAAUUAAGGGUGUGUUACUCUUUAGCAAUGUUUUGCAAAGACUAUAUAAUAACUGCAUUUAGUAAUAAAUUAUAAUGUUAUCAAAAUGAAUAUAUAUUGUUAAAAUUUUAUGAAAAAUAUCAUCGUUAAUCAAAAACUUGCAUGAAG